AUUCAUUCUCUGGCUCACUGUCACACUGUCUCGCUGUUUCUCUUUCUCUCUGUCUCUCUGUCUCUCUCUUUCUCUCUCUACUUCUCUCUUUAAUUCUCUCCUUCUUUCUUUCCAUUUCCAUUCAUAUUUGGAAAAAAAAAUUCCUCUUCAGCAACACCUUUACAAAAUUUCCAGUCAACUCAACAAGCAAUUGAAAGCCAUGCUAAGAAAACAUCAUAAGACUCUGCAUCCACUUUUGUGCAAUACAAAAGCUACAGCUAUUCAAACAGAAUGUGGAAUGACAAGUAAAACAUUUCUACUGGACAAAUUUAUAUGACACUUUGACGUAGUUCCAUGUUAUUUCCACAGAUGCAGAAUAUGCAUCUUUGUCAUUUGUCAUCAAGCAGUCUCACCGGCAACAUCUUCCUACAUUUUCCACAGACGAACUCAUUGAUUGAUAAAGCAAACAAAGAGCUCUUUGAUAUCUGAUUGUUUCUUCGGAGAUGAACGCCAUGUCGUUGUCAACGAAUCGUUUUCGUAAGCGAAAUCACAAUGGUGAGCUGAUGGAAGUAGAGCAGCCGGAAAAAUUGCGCUCUGUUGAAUCGAAUGCACCAAUCAAGCUCACUGAGUUGAAUGAAGAAUGUCUCAUGCAUAUUAUGGGUUUGCUGAAUCUUGAUGCCUUAUCGGUAGUUGCUCAAGUGAACAUGCGACUCAAUCAAUUGGUCUACAAUUUCUUGGAGGAAAAGUACGACGUAUCCAAAGUGUCACUUUUCACUUCUGAUCAAGCUCAAUGGCUUUGGUUGGGUGGCACAACCGGCAAAUUCAUCUUCAAAGAUCUCUCAGAUGUCACCAAAUUCUUCCGCAAAACUGGCGAUUUGAUUACAUGCUUAUCAAUCUCUUGUUCACCGCACAGCAGCCUCUAUCACAUGUACCAAAUGGUGGAGAAGUCGAUUUUCGAGCACUGUUACGAGACACUGACCAAAAUCGAAAUCGCAUCAAAUCUGUUGCCGGUGUUGAGCGAAGUGACCAAGGUGUUUUACAACGUUGAAGAGUUGUAUCUGCAUGGAUGUGAGCUGAGUGAGAAUCUUUCGCAACAGUUUGACAUUUAUUUCCCGUCGUUGGUUCGACUGACUCUGAUUGAUUGCAAAACACGCGAUCCAAAGUGCAUUGAAACGCAAUUUGCAUGCUUGGAAGAACUGACCGUGGUUGGCAAGCGCAAAAAUCGAAUGGUUUUCAAGAAAACUAAUAUCAAAGAAGCGAUUCGGCGAAAUCCGCAGCUUCGACGCCUCGUCGUCGAUUUCAACUCAACCAACGAUCGAGAAGCGGCCAGCAAUGACAGUGAUUAUGAAUUGGAUUCGGAUUUCUAUCGAUUUGUUAGUGAAGCAUUGCCAAAGUUGAAAAGUUUGAAGGUGUUUGGAGAACGAAAACAUCAAGUCGACCCAACAGAAGACGACAUCGAGUUUUGGCGCCUGAAGAAGUUAUCGCUGCAUUAUAUUUACAGCCAAGAUCCAAGUGCUAUUGCACCAUUCAAAUUCAAUCGACUUCGCGAGCUGAAACUUCAACACAUGACAACGUUGUCCGAUGAAUGGGUGCAAUUCAUCAUUCGUAAUGAUUGUUUGGAGAAGCUAACGGUUGAUAUCAAAUGCAGCUGGGAGGAUGAGAAUGAAGAAUCACACCGCAUUCAUUCACAAAUCGAAAAAGAACAAUUGCUCACGAUUGUUAAGUGGCUGCCGAAAUUGGAAGAACUCCAUUUAUCAGCUGGAGCUGUCGAUACUAAAGACAUUAUGGCUAUUCUACCGAAACGAAAGUCACUGAUGAAGAUUUAUCUUCGCGAUUACAACGAAAUCGAUUCAAUUGUUGAUACAUUCGACAAAUUGACGGCCAAGAAGAAAUGGUUGGUGGACUAUGAUGCACAAAAUCUGAUUUUGAAGCGCUUUGCAUGAUGGAAAUAGUAGUAAAUGACUUUUUGUACUUAACUCAAUAUUAUGCGCAAAAAUUGUUUGGAAAUGUAAUGCAUUAGAAUGAAAAUAGAUUGGUUUCAAUGUUGAACAGAUCCAUAUAUUGUUUUCUCAAGAAUUUAUCACAAAACAAACGACGAACCACCAGACUAUGAAAUAAAUAAAAUUCAA